AUGGCAACCGACUUUUGGGCCAGUUCCCACUACAAAAGAUGGAUUACCGACCGGGCGACCCUCAAGCACGCGAGGGCUGAGGACCUUCAGUAUGUCGACGACCCGGAGCAUCUUGAAUUUCUGGAUAUCUAUUUCGCGAACGCCAUCGCGAAAUUGGGCAGAAAAUUGCAGCUACGGCAGAGGGCCAUCGCGACUGCGACUGUCUUCUUCCGGCGCUUCUAUCUCAAGAAUGCCUACUGUGAAACAGAUCCAUUCCUUGUUAUCGCUGCAUGCUGUUACGUUGCCGCAAAGGCUGAAGAAUCCCCCGUGCAUAUCAAGAAUGUCGUUGCAGAGUCGCGCACCUUGUUCAGUCACCACUACAAUAUGAAACAUUUCCCAUCCGACAAUUCCAAGCUUGGCGAGAUGGAGUUUUAUCUAGUUGAUGAUCUAGAAUGUGACUUGACAGUGUUCCAUCCGUAUCGCACCCUCUUGGCACUUUGCAAGAAAGAGUCGAGCACCGAUGAGGACGAUGAGACAGAGGCAGGGGAGCUCGGUGUUGGAGUCAGCACUGACGAAGGUCAACGAUACUGGGGUUCAAGUGAGGACAAGCUCGAAAUGUCCGAAGCGGCAUUGCAAAUGGCUUGGCAUAUCAUCAAUGAUACGUACCGAGGAUCUCUCUGUCUGCUUUACCCUCCACACCUAAUUGCCAUCGCUGCCAUUUAUCUGACGCAAGUGUUUCACCAGCCCUCGCGGGAUAAUCUCUCGACCCUGCUCCAGCCUCCUAGUUCAUCAGCUCCACACCCGCGUCGGUCGUCCCGAAAUGCAACCGAAUCAAAAAAACACCAGGAUCCCGUCACAUUCCUCGCUGAAUUGAAUGUUUCGCUUCCAUUGAUUGCCACAAUUUCCCAGGAGAUCAUCGCACUCUAUGCUCUAUGGGACCGUUACAAAGACGAUAGCCUCCCUGAUGCGUCUGCCUCUUCGCGCCAGUCACCACUGAGUGCAGCGAGCGGAAGCGCGAGCAGAAGCAGGAGCAGUGGGACUCCGCAGUCUGAGGCUGCGGAUGACAACCGUAUCACGCCGGCUUUUUUGUCAAAUUUGCUGAUGAAGAUGAGGGAAAAUCGCUUGACGGACCUGGCGCAUCCACCUACUGGGAGACCAGUCGCGGUAAACAAGAUGCUGGAGAGGACCCAAGCAGCCGGCUAG